GCGUGAGAAAAGCGCCGGCGCCUACCACUGACAGUAUUUUUGGCCGCCACUGUACAUAUGCACCCACAACCGAGGACGUGGGAGUGUGGCUGUGUAGUUCAAGUGCAUGCAAGCCAACCGUAACAAAGGUUUAUUGUUCCACAGUAUGGAUCCAAAGGAUCUCUUACUUGUGUCCCCUCACUGAUUCCCAAUCCAAUGUUGCCGGAUACUCAAACUACGUCCAGCGGAACAUCAGUGUCGGAAACCCAUAUCACGCAUACUCGCGACCAGCUUGGUCUCGCAGAGGUCUACUGGAGGGAUCGUCAAGUAUGGCUGGAGGCACAAGGCUACAUGCUUCGGCCUCGAUACCACCCUAAUUGGGUUCCUUCGUGGAAAGACAAAUCGAAUCCUGACCUUUUCCGCAUUGAAGAUAGUCGAACACUUGGCAAAGGUGAUCGCGUUAUUGAUGCCACCAGGAUUUCUGAUGGCCAGAUGGUCAUGCUAAAGCGAAUAUCAACCCAAGCACAUCCCUUUGAAGUCGAAAUAACCAAAUACUUCUCCACCGAACCUCUAUCCUCACAUCCGAGAAACCAUUCUGUCCCGCUUAUCGAUGUUCUUCGAGUACCUGAUGAAGAUGACACUGUAAUUCUAGUGAUGCCCCUUCUGCAUAGAUAUGAAACACCUCGUUUUCUAACAGUUGGCGAGUGUGUCGAGUUCUUUAGGCAGAUCUUUGAGGGUCUACAAUUUAUGCACCAAUGCCACGUCGCACACAGAGACUGCAUGAACCUCAACAUCAUGAUGGACCCAAAACCUUUAUUUCCGGACAUGUAUCACCCCAUAUCUGUUCGAAUGAAGAAGGACCUGUCUGGUACCGCAAAGCACUAUACGCGGACUGCGCAUCCGGUCAAGUACUACUUCAUUGAUUUUGGCAUCUCGCGCAAAUACAGUCCAGAUAAUCCUCAUCCGUUGGAGCCUCCCAUUCGAGGCGGGGACAAGACAGUACCUGAAUUCCAGCGUUCACACCAACCUCGAGACCCGUUUCCGACCGAUAUCUAUUACUUGGGCAACCUUAUUAGGGAAGAUUUUCUGGAGAAGACCAUUGGUGUCGAAUUUAUGGCACCUUUGGUGGCUGAUAUGAUGCAAGCCGAUCCAUCAAAGCGACCUACUAUCGACGAGGUUGUCCAGCGCUUUGAAGACAUACGUCGCUCGCUACGCUGGUGGAAGUUACGGUCUCGUCUGAUAGAGAAACGAGAGCUUGGAUAUCUCAUCACCUUCAGAUCCGUUAAGCAUUACAUCCGAACUGUAGCUUACGUUCUCACUCUCAAGAGCGCAGUCCCCACUCCUCGUACCUGGCCUUCGUAUAUAUAGUUAGCUUGUUCUCGCUUCUACCUUCGCAUCUAUAUUGCUUUCAUUGCUUGUAUACCCUCUUGCUUCGUACGGGACUCGCGUAUUACCCGGGCCCUUAUCCACUGAUCUGUAUUCAUCGUGAAUCCAUCUUUUGUCUCGAUCAAUGGUCGCAAUCAUUUCCGCAUCAACCAUGCAGCAACUUGAGUGUCUUGGAGUCGU